CGUUCGAGCUCAGUUCGCCGCUUUGUCGCGGAUUGCACUCACGUGCUGCACAGCUCUAUAUCCAAGUUCAGUGCCAUCCACAUAAAUUCUCCUUCUCAUCGCCAUCUCGCUCACUGUCACCAUCGCCCGCGCACCACGUAUACGCCGACGAGCAACGCUCCUCUAUACCCCGUCGCAGCAGAUCUAGCUUGUACCACCGGCAAUGACGGUCGCAAUACCGAGACUGCCUCUUGAACUACAUGACUGCAUCCUAGAUUGCCUCGUAGAUGACCGGCGGGCCCUCGCCACAUGCAGUCUCGUCUGCCGCGCAUGGCUCCCGACUGCCCGGUCACAUCUCUUCCACGCGGUCACCCUCUCGGGCUCCGCGCAAGGCUCGCGUUUCCAAGAGCUCGUCCAGCAGUCCCCCUACAUCGGACGUUACGUCCGCAAGCUCGCCCUCGUCAAGCCUUGGAACGAGUGCGGCCGCCCAUCGCAUCUCGAGCUGCCCCAGAUCCUGACGCAUCUCGAUUCCGUGGAGGACCUCAGCGUCGAGCGCUGGAGUGACGCCGGGCUUUGCGAGGCAUUGAAGGAGCACUAUGCUAACACCGUGACCAUGCGGCUGACGUCGGUAGAGUACAAAGAGCGCGACAUGCAGACCAUCAUCUGUGCAUGUCCUAAACUACAGGCUUUGUACCUCUCCGGCGUGACGAUCUGCCCAGAUGGCCUGUCCGCCCACCUGCAGCCCGUCGUUCCAGCACGCCCCAUCACGCUCAAGACACUUUACUGGAAGACGCCUCCAACGGCCUUUGCCGACUGGCUCAUUCACGGGCCGCUCGAGUUGCGCCUCUCCAAGCUCGGGCUCGCCACCAAGGCGCAGGACCCGGUGAGCACCGGGUACGUACAGUCACUUCUCGAGGCCGCCGGCACGCACCUCGAGUCGCUCGUGCUCUCCGUCUGGCAGGGCUUCCACGCGUCCUUGAGCCCGGGCCUUCUCGCGCACAACCCGAACCUCACGAGCCUGCACAUCACGAACGUCGCGCCGCACCCCUCACUGUCACACCCGUGGGCAGGCCUGCGCACCGCACUGUCGGACGUGCAGCCCGUGCACCGGCGGCUGAGUCACAUCAGCGUCACGAUUCUCCCGAUUGACCACCUCUGCGUCGCGCUUGCGGACUGGGAGCAGAUCGAUGUGGAGCUUGAGCGCAUUGCGCGCGAGCGGCCGUGGCUUGCGGUCACGUUCUGUGUGGUGAACAUCGCUCAUUCGCCUGUGGAAUGGAUGCCACAGGUUGUGGACACCGUCGUGCAUUGCCUGCCGCUGUUCCUCGCGGCGAAGGGUCGCCUCAGCCUGAUGUGGUUCAAUGGCUGGGACGAGUACACCGCGUACGGCGGCGAGGAGCUUGCCCCCUGGUUUUGAAUGCGUUUUGGCCAGGACGCAAUAUAACAUCAUCACGACGAUGCAAUGGUCCUGGAAUUCUUCUGAAUAUCUGAACUUCUAGUCUCCUUUCCAUGUGUGUAAUAGUGAUUCGGAACCCCCCUCCUCAAUCUCGGCUUUGGAUGUACGUUCACAACCAUUGCUUAUUUCUUCUCGAUUUGUUACGGGGUACAUGUUGCCGGGCUCGCAAGAGCUUGGCGGGCUCUC